AUGGAAGAAGGCAAACGAGUGGCCGAGAUGGUCGUGCUUCGGCACUUCAGCGCUUCAGCCCCCAGUGACCGAUCGUCACGGCAGUACUUCGCACCUUUCCUUUUCACCGUCAUCAGCGCCAUUCCUCUCUCAUUCCGGUCUGAACCCCAAGACACCUCCGCACACAGGUUAUCCAGCAUGGUGCUGGGAAUCCAUGAACUGGACGAUGACGUUCUCACGCACAUCUUCGAAGAACUCGCCGAGUUAGACGACCCUGGCACCGCCGAUGAAGAGCCGGCGCGGACGUCAAUGUCGACGAUCUCGGGUGCUCUGAUAGCGUUUGGCCGGAGGACCUAUUAUUCCUACCCAUUUCCGGAUCACCCCCCUCGUCGUCGUCUAGGCUGGGUCGCUGCCACCCACGUAUGUCGCCGUUGGCGCAUCAUCAUCCUAACAUUGUCCGCGCUCUGGAAACGGAUUAUAUUCUCCUUUCCACGCAGCCGCGAUGCGCAUUUCGUACUGCUUCAAAGAGCGGGAGGCGCAAGCCUCGAUUUGAACUUGCAAAGAAUGAAUCGCGGCCUAAAUCAACAUACAUUUGCCUUGGAACAUAUCGAAAGUGCCCGUACCUUGCAGGGCCUAUUCCCUGGCCGUCUCCACGAGGAGGUCCACGAAUUGUUGUCUAGCAGGAGACUUCCUCAACUCACCGAUAUCAAUAUUGCCCAGAGAGGCGCACGUCUGCCGGACUCAAACGAUCCCCUCACCAAAUCAACCUUUUGCCUGGACGCCCCAAAUCUUAGGGCUGCCACCUUGUCUGGACUGCGAUGUUAUUUCACAUCGUCUCAACUUCGUUCGCUACGACUGUUGGCCCCUUCUGGCUGUUCCGAUUGGAGUGGGCGCCUCCCGGGCUUGCUUCGGAACACGCCUCUGCUCGAGAUAUUGCACUGUGACAUGGAUUACUCGCCUCCGCAAAUGCGCGGGCAACGCCAUGAUGGAAUCGUCCGUCUUCCCAACUUGCAAACUGUGUGCAUCAGAUGGGACAGUUCAACGGUCCCUGAUGAUGCCCAUAUUUUCAUCCAUGACAUCGACAUCCCGCCCUCAUGCACGUUUCAUAUCAACGACAUUUCCUCUGCUCCCCAAGACUCGGGCUGGCGGAAGUCAUUGGACAUAUGCAGCACUCGUUGGAGUCUGUGCCCGUAUAAUGCCGUUGCUCUCUACAUGUGCUAUCCGAGCGACAUGGGCUCGUGUAUCGUGAAUGUGAAUACCUUUCACACUGAAGACCGCCGUGAGCCAUUCGGCUACUAUGUUGCCCCAUAUACCGCGGAGCACUGCUGCGCCAACAUUAGAACUCCCGCCACACAAUAUAAUCGGCUCAAUGGGCAUCGCCUUCGACGAGUGGCGCCGGGUAUCUUCAUGAGCAUAUCGAAGGAUCAAGAGCUCGAGGAAUGGGAUUGGGAGCCUGAGGACAUAUCGCGCGAGAUCGUGUCGCAUCUGCGCUCCGACAGUGUCACCCAUUUCGUCUUGAACGGUUUCGGUCCUCUACCAGUGAUGACCCCGAACCAAUUACGCUCGGUUCUUCAACCUCUUGUUGCCGUCACCUCUCUGUUCGUGAUAUCGCCCCGUAAUAAUGUAUUGAGGCUACCAUUCGUCUCGACCACAGAUAGCGGCAACACCGGCCUGCCCGCGGCGCCACUUUUCCCCGCCCUGCGGGACCUCACGAUCGGCUGUGAUGAGAUAGACACGCAGGCAUAUGAUUGGGAUGGGUACAGUGGUCCGGAUUGGUGUAACGCUUGGUGGUCACCUUUGCUAGCAUUCCUCGAGCAUCGUCAGCGGAUCGGAUUGCCUGUGCACACUCUACGGGUCAACGGGUGGUGGAGGAUCGAGUCCGCUCGUCAAGUGACUGCUCUCGCCGACCAAAGGAAUAUGCAGCGAGCGCGGGAGCUGGCAGAGGGGGGAGUCAUCGAUGAUCGCGUUGUAGAGAACGUGAAUAUAUACGCCUGA